CAUAACAACAGCUCCAGUUCUUCACUUCGCUCAUUAUCUUGAGGUUUUCAGCCUGCUUUUGGACAACACAUGGCAGGCAGACUUUCUCGAACAGUAGCCAAUCAGAGCCUUCCUCUUAAGGCGAGCCUCCGUAGCGCUUGACCAAUCACAGACGCGGAACGAGACCCAUGCCUCCGAGUUGUGCAGCGAUGUGGUCACGUGACGUGUGGAAGAGGAAUGCCAACAUGGACCCGUGGCAAGGACGGGAUGUGAGCGCGCGGCCACAAUAACACGACGGAGGAGAGCAGAAAACAGCGAGAGGACGAAGAACGGUCGACGCUCUGCCGAGCCUCGUCCCGGUAACACACGGUUUCUGUGACUUCCUCCCCCGGGUGGUUUUUUUAUUUUCAAUGGUGUCCCUCAGCAGCAGAACACUGACUGUGGAGUCUGAGUUGUUCAGGGACAGCAGCAGCAGCCUGAUCUCCUUCUCAGUGGAGGAUGCGGUGUGCUUGCGCUCCUGCGACAGCCCUGGGGCCUUCCAGCAGGUGGCCCUGCACGGCUCCAGCCCUGAAGGAGAGGAGGAGGAGGACGAGAGCGAAGGCAGCAGCCGGCUGGUUCAUCGAGGCGCGACGGACGACGGGGGAGUGGAUUAUCAGGAGCCUCGGAUGCCGGAGUUUUCUUUCACCCCAUCUUCGCCGUUCUCUCCCACCCUGGAGGACAUAGAGGAGUUUCUGAAGGAGAAGAUGGAGCAGGUGAGGGCGGACAUGAUGAGCAACAGAGAGGAAGAUUCUCCAUCAUCUGCUGUACCCUCGGCUUCAUCAACAGAGACUAAAACUGAGCCAUUAGUUGGUGCUUCCCUCUGCACUUCCUCUUCGGAGACUCCCGAGGAAGAGAAAGAGAAACACGCCCCUAUCCAAAUUGACCUGUCGCCUCCUAGUCACCCAAGCCCCCCUCCAGCCACGGUGACCCCGCCUGUGCUCCUCAGAGCUCCAGUGGUUCUCCAGCUGCAGCCGUUACCUCUGGCCCAGCCUCAGGCCCCCGCUGGUUCUCCUCCAUCGGCCCCAAGUGGCAUCUGGCUCACUCACCUGGUCAUGGGGCUCCAGGGUGCUACGGCUCCAAAUCUCACCCUGGUGACCCCCCAAAUGUCCUCCACGCCCACCACCGCCACCACCAGCGGCCUGUUGCCACUCAGCAGCGACAACAAAUCAGCAGACCAGAAGUAUGUGAAGAUCGCUCCUCUGCCCAUCACUACAAGGACUCUGGAGAUCACAGCGGUGGGGAGCGGCCCAGGCGCCGCCCUCCUGAAGGCAGCGGCCCCCCGGGCAAACAGGGCGUCACCCACCGAGAGGGUCCACAAGUGCUCCCACCCAGGCUGUGGGAAGAUGUACACAAAGAGCAGUCAUCUUAAGGCCCACUUCCGCCGGCACACAGGGGAGAAGCCGUACACCUGCAGCUGGCCAGACUGCGGCUGGAAGUUCUCCCGAUCAGACGAGCUAUCUCGCCACCGCCGCUCUCACUCGGGCAUCAAACCAUACGAGUGCACUCUGUGCGAGAAGAAGUUUGCCCGCAGCGACCAUUUAAGCAAACACACAAAGGUCCACCGCAGCUCCCGGCCCAGCAGGGUGAUCCGAUCCACUGUGUGACCACUCUGGGUCUGUGUGAACCAGGUCUGGGGCUCAGGCUUCUCUCAGGACUUUUUGGUGCUUUCACAAGCAGAACUUUCCGAAGAAUCCGGAGAGCUGGCUGUUGUUUCCCCCCGGCCCCUUUUGGUUUCCUUCCUUUCUCUUUCUCUCCACCAUUCUCCUGUAAAUUGUUGCAUCUGAGGAGUUCACCUUAUACAGAGCAAUCAGCCACCUCAGGAAAAACUGAGCCGAGAGAAGACUUCCUUUCAUUUUCACGCACAUCGCAGGAGACAGUCUUCCAGAGGCCCCUCUUCCAGCCACUGCUUGCACUACUGCUCCUGGAGCCUGGAACUCCCAGCAGCUUUAGGAAGAGGGACACUAAUCAAUAAUGGGAACAUCUAUACUUGUAUAAUUUCUCCUCUUUACAUCUGCCAGUUGUCCCUCUUCCUUGAAGCCAAAUUUCAGGGUUCACAUGCACAAGAAGCAUCUAACGUUUUCCUCUUCUGUGUCCCGGUUGGUGUCAUGCGAUCCAGUCACAAGGGUUGGAUGGUUAUGCUCCUUGUGGCAGCGCUCAGUCCCGGGUGCAAGUAUGAACAGCAAAGCAGAAGACGCAGUUCAGAGCUGCCAUCGCAUUUCAGAGACAAUCAAAUUGUACCAAACUCUGGGCUUUGCUCAAAAUUCUGUAAAUCUGUGCUGAAAUUCCCAAGUUAGUAUUUUAUGCAAUCAAUGCUGGCCUUUCGAAGCAUUCACCCAAUCAUGAGCCACUUUAUCUGGACUUGAAUGCCCAAUCUCGAUCGCGGCCUUUUGUCAUGAUCACCAACUUGUCUUUACCCCAUUGUUGUGUUGUUGUCUGAUGACUGCUCAUAUUUAACUGUGAUUCCCAACAGGGAGGUUUGCCAAACCAGAAAUCCCUGUUCCGGUCCCGCAGGAGAGUGAAAGUGACACUCUCGGUGCUUGACCGUGUAUAAGCUCCUUGUUACCGGCAGAUCAAUGUGCAGCCGACUUCUGUGGCCUCGAGAACCGGUGACAUGAAACACUGCUCUUACUUUAUUACAGUAGCACUUACUGUAACAAUCAUUAUGUUGAAUUUUAGCAGCAACAAAAGCUAGUAGUUUAAAUAGAUGAAAAAGCAGCUGAGAUCUGUCCAAUCAUGUGGAUUGGCAUUAGGCAUGGGCCAGUUAAAGGUGUUAGGGUAUACCAUGUAUCUCUGACUUAGGUCAGCCACAGGAUCUCCUUUCAGUGGGUCGUUAUCAUCAGAUGUUUAAACUACCACAACUGACUGACUCUUUUCAGUGCAAAGGAGCAUCAGCUAAACUAUUUUCUAUUAUUUUAAAGUUCUUUUAGGGUUUUUUUUUCACACUUAAUAGGACUCUGUUCGAUUGGGGACCAAAACAGUAUCAUUUGUUCGGUUUUGAGCUGCUGUGGUUCGCUUUCACACUGCACUGUGUCAAUCGAACCAGACUCUUUGAGUUCGACCUCCCUCGGCCGGGUGGCGCAGUAUUCAGGAUCACUGAAGGAAACUAGAAAACCUCCAAAAAAGACACUGAGCGUAAUUUUCUCCUUCACAAAAUGAAAACAAAAAUGGAGUGGUGUCAGAUUUUAGCAGCUAUGUCUAGCAAAAAGACAAAACCGCUAGCGGUAGACUCACAGAUUUGUUCUAUUUGUAUUUACCCAGAAUGCCCUGUGCUGUAUUCCGCUUCUUGCUUUCAGAGUGGUCUCUGGUCCGCUUGGCAUUCACAUAUGAAUUUGAACCAUGUCAGAGUCACUAAUCAAACAGAGACCUCUGUUUGUAGGCGAACGAGAGUUUGCAUCACAAUCUGAUUAAAUAUUCACUCAUACCCAAACAAACCAGACUUUCAAGGCAUUCGGACUGAUCAGGGCCGGUGGGCAUGCACCCUUCAUGAAAAGCCAGGUAAAGUGUUGGGGUGACUGAAGUUUUCUCUGACCAUAUGGCGCGUACAGGAAAGCAGUGCUGCCCUUCCCCCACGAGUUGCUGUACAUAUCCAGUCAGCUGGCUUAUUGAAGGCAUUUCUUUUUUUCAUAAUGAUCAAACAGACAAAUGUAAAUGUCUUGGAAGCAAAAAGAGAAAAGGUCAGACUGGGUGUGGAAGCUGAAGCAGCAUUCUUCAUUACUCUUGUCAAGGUGUAUUCACCACAUCUGGGAUGCUGCUUUGAAAUAAAUGGGUUUUUCUGAAGAUAUUUGUGUUACUACCAUGAAAUAUGGUGUUUAUUUAUAGUUAUACCAUGAGUCUCGUACUGGCCCAUGCCUCAUUAGAAUACUAUAAUGUGUACACAAUACAGAGGACAAGAUAACACAUGUACAGUUUGUUGCCUUGAUAUAAUACAUGUUUUUUUCUUUUUGUUAAUUCAAAGAGGAUUUUCAAUCAGUGCAUUAAGCUAUUUAGUCGUGUUCCUUGAGAACUGUUUGGUCCAUUUUGUAAAACUUGAUUGUAGCGUGAUCAGUGUGUGGAAUGUAGGACAGUUCAUAGUUUGGGAUUAUGACUCCUACUCUGCCCAUCCACAAAACCAAUAAGCUAAAACUGCUGGUUUUUAAGUGCACUUGUGUUUGAAGAAAUGAGCUGCCAUCGGCUCUUCUGGGAAAUGUAUCGGAACCAUCAAAUGCGAAACCAAAACAAAGCCACAUGCUUUUACAGAAGGUUAAAACAUUUGUUCUUGGAUCUCAACACUUUGGUGCUUUGCGACCUACCAGUGCUUCACAAUAACCCUCUGCACACACGAAAGUGGGAAACUUUUACACACCUGGCUCGUUUGUGCAGAACCAGCACAUGCACUUACUACUAAAAACUAGCUAGACUACUCUAGCAUAAGCUCAGCAGACAUCGGUGCUUUCGGGGUCAGACGUACAGCCCUUGUUCGUGUAGCAGCCACUUAACAGCAGCCAUCGUCACCUCUGUCUCCCACAGCAUUUAGCGUUCUUUUCAGGUUUCAUAGUGCAAACAAGCUGGCGGUGGAACAGACAGACAGGCAGGCAGGCGUGCUGAUCCGUCUGAACUGGAGCUGUCUGUCUUUGUGUCUGAGCCUCCCCAGGCUGCUUCUACUGACCUACAUCCAGACCUGUGUCCUAAUCAUCAUCAGAUUCUCUUUUUAUCCCGCUCACGCCUGUGUAUCUGGUCGAGCAGACAACCUGCCUGUGCGUAUGUGUUUGUAAAAUUUAUACAUUUAUAGAUGUAUACACACACUCGCAUAUAUGCACACUCGGAUACACGGUUUUCUUUAGUUUUCUUUUUUUUUAAAUAUUAAAUAUGCUAUUUUCCUAUUUGCAAAAAUAAAAUUGACACUUAAAAAUGA